AUGGAACAUAUAGAAUUCGAAAAAGAUCUUAUUGCAAUAUUACUUGUUGUUGAAAGUGUUCAUGACAAAAAUAAACUUCUAUAUAAAUAUGAAGAAAUUAAGACAUAUAAAGGAAUACAUGAACCAGUUACUUUUUAUACUCCUUAUUCAAUUGUUAUUGCAAAAGACUUUGAUCCACCAAGUGUUAAAGAUGAUGAUGCAUCCCGAAGGACAUUUUUAAAUUUUGAUGAAACAACUCUUUCAAUCUUAACUAGUCCAUAUUCUUAUGGAAAUCAUGUUGAAGUACAAGUUGAUGAUGUUAUUUUUGUUGGUCAUACACUUGGUUUAGAAAACAAUAAAAAUUUAAAAUCAUUUGCAAUAUUUUUUGCACUUCGAGCUAUCGCUAAAGCAUCCGUUAUAUUAUCUUAUCAAGAAAUGAGUAAACGUAUUGGUACAGCAAUACGCUGUGAAGAACAACGAGCAUCAUAUUUAAAUCAACAAUAUGCAAAAUUAAUAAGUGUUAUUCAACAACAUGAUAUUGAAGCAAAUGAUCGAUUAACUCGUAUACCAAAUGAAGAUAAUGUAAAAGAACGUGAAGAAAAAGAUCGAACAAAAGAACAAAUUUAUUCAACAAUGAUCGAACAAAGUGUUCUAGCAGCAACAUUAAAACAAAUAUAUAUUGAUUUACAAGUAUCUGGUGAAAUAAAUAUAACGAUUAAUAAUUGGUUAAACGUUUCUUAUUGUUUACCACAUCGAUCAAUUCCUAUAAAUUGUCCAUUAGACAUUGAUUACGUUGUUCAUGUUCUUUCAAAUGCUGAGCAAUAUCUUAAACCAUAUUAUGGCUUAUUGCUUGUAAUUGAUCCAUCAGCCUUGCUUGCUUCUUUGCCAACGGAUAGUUCAUCGACAUUAAAUACACUUGUAAGACAUCUUCGUUCAUCAUAUUCACUGUCUCGUUUAUCAAUAGAAACCAGUAUACCACUUUCUCAAAUCUAUCGUCUCACAGCUCAUUUACUUUUUUGGGGUCGAGCAAAAAUUAUCUAUCCUAUUCAUGAUGAUAAUAUUUAUAUUAUCUCACCUGAUUCAGACAUAUCCAAACACGGAUCUCUAUCAAAAAUGUAUAAAGAAACAUUUCAAAAUACAUCUAAUUAUUCAACAUUACAAGAAACAUUAGCUGAAUAUUCAGAUGCAAUUACAUUUUAUGAUCAUAUAUCACGUAACGAUAAUGAGACCGAUUUGCGCGAACGUCUUCAAUGUGUUGAAUGGUUACUUCGUCAUCGUUUGCUUAUUCAAGUUCAUUAUUAUUAUUAUCUUCUUUUACCAAAUGAUGAUCGAAAUGAUUUUAAAGAUGAAUAUAAACGAACACGUUUACCACAGCCACGUACACCACUUCGGCGUAAUCAGUAUUCAUCAGAACGUUUUGGAUCAUCAUCUAAAACUGAACGUUUCUGUUUGACUAAUGAAAAUAUUGAUAUACGAGGAAAUGUAAUGAGUAUACAUGGGUUUGAAUAUAAUAUGGCUUCAUCUCCCAUGAUAAAUCCAUUAUCAUAUUCAUCUACUCAUCAUUCUAAAUCAAUAGAUACAUUAAAAACUUCGACAGGCACUAGUCAUGAUGAUGUAUUUAUUCCAGCAUCAUCAAACAGUAGUACAAUAGCAACUACUAAUCGAAUACAAUUAUAUUUUCAACAAAUUACACAAGUUUUACCGAAUGAAGGACAGGACUAUCGACAACGUCUUGCAUCAGCUAUUAAAGAUGCAAAAGAACAACAUGUUACUGAUUUUCUUAAAAUUAUAAAAUAUCUCAAUGGAACUUAUCAUCUUGAAGAAAUAGCUUCACUUGAAAAUAUAACACGUUUACAAAUAUUAACAAUAAUAGAAAAUUUUCAAUCGAUUGUUAUUCCAGCUCUUCAUCCUGAUCCAAAUCCAAUUUUGCAAAUAUAG